AUUUCACAUUUUUGUUUUCACUUUUUCUUUGGAAGAAAAUAUGAAGACGUAAGCGUGUUUUAAAAAUGUGGUUAGUGUUGCGUACAUUAACAGCUUUAACACUUUGUUUCCAUUACGUCAGCUUUGUGAAACGCUAAAAGUUUUCUCACACUUGCCCCGUUAGCUUUCCACUAAAUGUCACAGCCUGAAUAAUGAGCACACUGUCCAGCCCACACAGUAGACUCUUGAAGGUGGGGGAUGUUUUUAUUUUGUUUUUUCUCCUCCAAGAAAUUCCUGGAAUAUUUUCUUGAAAACACGUCAGAGUCUUUGGCCCAGCAGACUUCUCUCACUGGAAAAGGUGAAAGGUGUUAUUGUUUGUGUAUGCGAGGGCAGUGGAUGUGCCCACACUUUUUUCUGUUUUUUUUUUAAUGUGAAGUAAAGAGAGGGAUGUUGAGCAAAGGCAGACCUCUGUCUAGCUCACACUGUCUAACUUCCUUUUUUAACUGCCAUUAAACAGAAGUGGCACAAGAGGUUGUUUUCCGUCUUAAUUGUAGUCCACGAGGCUUUAUUACAUUCAUCAGCCUUUGCCAGCAAACUCAUGACUAAAUGGGCUUUUCCAGUCACCUGGUCUUGUUCGUUGUGGUUAUAAUAACUCAAAAUAAAGUAAUGCUCCACUCGUGAAACUAAAUCUCUUUGGCAUUCUUUGGCCUUCGGACAACAAUUCUAAUCGAUACAGUGCCAAGACAGGAAAGGGGGAAAAACAAAACAAAAAGUUGUCAACUUUGUAUUUAUCCUUCUUGCUGAAAAGUGUGGGAAUAUCAAGUACAAACUGAUGGGAAACAUCAUUUUAUAGUUUACAUGUAUUCCUCACUGCUGACUGAGCCUGACCUGCACAUAGGUGGUAAAGCAGUGAGGGGAGGAGAGCGCAAAUAGUGUUAGGUCUUUUUAAACGGGACAAGAUCUGCAUCAGUGAUGGCGUCACUUCACAAGAAGGAUCCUCCCGGCAUCGAACCGGAGAUCUUUUCCUUGUUAGGUCAAUAUGUAAACCAAUAUUAGUCAUAAAAUUAAGUAAAAAUGGUGGAAGGGGGGGAGUGAAGACGCUCUGCUUCUAAGACUUGAACUCAUGGUGCAUUUUCUCCCUUCCAUAGAAGUCCAUGCUUGCUCACAAGAGGGAGUAAAAUUUUCUAGAUGAGCCUGUGGAAAGAUCAUCGGGCACUCCUACAGCUGCCUUUCUCUCACACUCUUUUACUUGGUCAUGUGUGUGAGAGUGAGAGAGAGGGGAAAAAAACAAACCACAGGCCAGUGACCUUCAGAAAAGUUAGACUCACGUGCUUCGGGUAUUUGCAAGACGUGAAUAAAAACCAGUUUGGCCAGUCUUGAGACCAAAAUCCCUUAUUGACAUGCCAUUUCAUUUAAAUGUGUAUAGGCCUUUUUGUUUAGUUUUUUUUUCCAUUACCAGUAUACUCGCUGUGAUUCACAUCAAAAAGCACAUCUGUAAAGAACACACUGUAAAGCAGCUCAUAUAUAACAUACAGAGAGAAACCCAACCGGCACGUGGAGGCUCUCGCCACCAAAAAUAAGCUGAUCUAAAUCUGAUCUUUCUGAUCUAAAUUUUGUCCUCAAUGCUGUUAGAAAACACCACAGCACAGGUAAUUUCACGUGACGGUCUGUCAGCAGGUGUGACUCAGGAACACAUGACAUCACGCCGUGUGUUUUAAGACAGUGACUUUAUGGUUUAUACUCACUGUGUAGUAAAGUGAACCAUCACGUUCUGUAAACAAUAAUUUCCCUAAGAGCCAAAAUGGUUUCAGCUUCCACUUCAGCUUCCUUUUCUUUGGUUGGACAGUUCACAACUUUCUCUAAAUGUGUUCUCCAGUGAGUUUUCUGUGUGUUUCAUUAAUACGUUAAGAGCCCCACUUUGAUCCCAGGUGGAGACAUAUAGUAAAAAAAUUCUGUCACAUUGAAAUAUGUGGAGUUACCCUUUGUCAAUAAGGGAGCCGCUGAAAUUAACUUUAAAUCACCAUAGCAACCUUUGCUGUGCACAUAACCUGGUCAGAAGCACCAGGUAAAGUUACAGCAGUGUGCACUGUGCUUUGCAGUGUCACUGGAAUUUGGAUGUAUUUGAUUGGUGAUGCAGAAAAAGUAUAAAUGUUUUUAGAUCUGAUUCUAAUGUGCUGCAAAGUCUGUUUUAUGCUAUUUCCACGUCUUAAUUCAUGGGAUGUUAAUGUUUAUUAUUAGUUAAAUGUGUAGCCGUCAUGUUAGAACAAAACAAGAGCACCAUGCAGUGUUUCAAUAAUUUUCUCAAAUGAAAAUGUUUAUUUUUACUGCUCUGUUUACUAAAUCACAAAAUCAACAAGUUUCUGCAGCUUUAAUAUGUUUGUGUUUGUAACAGUGGUGAGUUUCACCAUUAGAUUUUUAUUAUCAUCACCAUUUAUCAUCAUCGUUUGAUAAUGUCAUAGGGGACGCUCACAGGGAUCACUUUGUCUCUUUUAAUGUGUUCGCACACAGAGGCUGAGGCAGAAAGCCUGGCUUAAUCGAGGAAGUUGAUAACCAUAAUCGUGACAUUGGGGUUUUAGGUCAAGCCGGCUUACACACAGUUCUCAGGGCUAAAGGAAACUGUCCUCAGUACAAGUAUAAACGACCACCACGAUGCAUUAGACUUGCACUAUUAAAAUUUUUAAAGACUACAUUUUCUGCCUCUCCACCACACCAGAUUUCUUUUUUUAAUCUUGUCUGUUACAAAAAAAUGAAUGUCAGCAGCAGUCCUAUGAUAGUGAGACUAUUAACUAUUUUUUUUUUUUUUUAACCUUUAUUCUUGGAAGCAGGAUAACGUAAGCUGGAAGGCGGUUAAUAAAAUUCGCCAUUGAUUUUCCAUUGUCUCUGGCACUUCACAUUGUACAGUGGGGCUUAAAUGCUAUGUGCUCUAAAUGAGGUCUGUACUAUGGAACGAGAUAUGUGUACGUGUGUGUGCACGACUGUAGUGGUGGGGGAAAUGUGUCUUCUUACACGCCAAAGACCGAUCGGUCAAUGUUGUGUAAUUGUGACCGAUGUUGUUGUCGUUAUGAAAUGAGAAUGAUCACAUUUUUGCAUUUUAAGCAAGGACAUUACAAACCAUUUAACCCAGUUUAGACUUUAUUGGCAUAACAUAUGAUUGUGAGGACAGCUGUGUUCCAGUGGACCUUGCAGUUUAUCUGAUAACAGCAUUUUACACAUUCAUAAAAGUAAGCAAUCCCCAGUUAUUCAUUGUUAUGAAUCUUGUCAAACUGAGUCCCAUAAGACACAGCAGAGGUGCAAGUGGCCCUGUGGAAAGUCUUAUGUCCCCUCGUGGCGUUCUCCAGGGCAGACACAGGGUAGGCUGGCUGCUAGCCUCUUGAGACUAGUGUGCACUUACAGUUCUGUUGGUUUGGAGACUUAUGAACAGCAACAGCUGCUUUAAAUAACAUGCAAACACUCUGAGAGACAAAGUUGCAUAUCUCUCCUGUGCUGGCGGUGUCCAUUCUUCCUAACUGAAAUCCUCACUUAAUGUAAGAAUCUUCAUUUCCUGUCCAAAAAAAUACCCCAAAACUCACUUUUAUCAUUCAGUUUUUCCACCAUGGAAACACUGACAAUUGGUUUCCACCAUAUCAUAGUUCCAGUUUUUCCAGUAUAGGUAGGUUAUUACUGUUGUGUCGCAAUCACUGGCUAAUUAGCUCUGCCCUGCCUAUUAUAAAAAAAAAAAAGGGCGGAUGAUUCACAGCACGCACACAGACGCACUCACGCUCUUGUGAGCAGAGAGCAGCUGCUUCUAGCGAGACACUCGGCGAUCACUGCUCUCAGCUUCUGCCUCUUCUCUUACUGGAAGUUUACCCAGGUGCUCCAAACCAGCCACCCUAUCCCAUGUCUCAGCCCGGCGGAGCACCGUAUCCAGUUCCUCCUGGAUAUGGAGACCCCAGUCAAGCCCCUCCACCCGGCUUCAACAUGGGCUAUUCAGGACAACCUGCGGUCAUGUACCAGCCAGGACCCGUAGGGCCAGUUCCAGGCCCUGAAUACGGUGGCCCACCAGGAGGGAUCUCCCCAGCUCCUGGAGUUCCAGCAGUCCCCGUUGGUGUCCCACCUGGACUCGAGUACCUCACACAGAUUGACCAGAUCCUGAUCCAUCAGAAAGUUGAACUCCUGGAAGCAUUCAUCGGUUUUGAGACAAACAACCAGUAUGAAAUAAAAAACAGUCUGGGUCAAAAGAUCUACAAGGCCAAAGAGAAGAAUGACUGCUGCACCAGGAACUGUUGUGGCUCUCUGCGCAGCUUCGACAUGAAAAUCAAGGACAACAUGGACAGGGAGGUCAUCCGUCUCAUCAGGCCUUUCCGCUGCGUCUCCUGCUGGUGUCCCUGCUGCCUGCAAGAGAUGGAAGUCCAGGCUCCACCGGGGACCACCAUAGGGUACGUCAAACAGGACUGGCACCCUUUCCUGCCAAAGUUUUCCAUCCAGGGAGCAAACAAGGAGACACUCAUGAGACUGGAGGGGCCCUGCUUUGCCUGCAACUGCUGUGGAGAUGUCAACUUUGAGCUAAAGGGAAAAGAUGGCGACACACCCAUUGGCCGCAUCAGCAAGCAGUGGAGCGGCCUUCUGAAGGAAGUCUUCACUGACACGGAUAACUUUGGCAUCCAGUUCCCGCUGGACUUGGACGUGAAGAUGAAAGCUGUGCUGAUGGGCGCCUGCUUCCUCAUUGAUUUCAUGUUCUUUGAGAAAGUCGGAGAGGCCAACCAGCGCAGCAGUGUGUUUUCAUAACAGAGGAAAAAGGAAACGUGGGGGGGACAGCCUGUGAUGAAGGUGUUUUCCUGUUAUGUAACAUUUGUCAUUUUUUGUUGAUUUUGUUACCAGUCCCAGAAUCUGUUUAUAUACACAUACAACUCAUUGUGAGCGAAUAAACUCUUGAUUAGAUUUAAAACUUUGAAUCUCUCCAAAGUCAAAGACUGAAGUUUACAGUGUUUCUGUACAGUCUGUAGAUGUUUCACCUCUUUUUAAGCGCAUCACCGUAUUCAUAGCAAACACUUUACGCUACCAAAGAAAGUUAAACUUAGAAACAAGUGUGGACACGCAUCCUUUUGAAUGUGCUUUUUGCUGCACUUGUGUUCACAUUUCAUUUCUUUUUUUCUUUUUUGUCACCAUCAGUUUGUCAUGAUCAGUAAUUUUAUGUGCUUGCUCGAGCUUUAUGAAGAGAUCACAGUGUAUCUAGUAUAAGUGCAAUACUGUUUUGUAGAAGAUGUAUUCAUUGCUUUGCCUUCAUUUAUCCAGUUAAAUGGUGGCAGAGUCGUUCUGUCAGUCCAUUGCUUUGGUAUGAUGAUCAUCAUAUUUUGUGUACAGAUAUUUUUUAAUUUAAAAGUUAGCUUUUGUUUAUUACUUAGGUUUGGUAGAGCAUACACCAAUUACAUUCCUUUGAGCCUCCACUGUAGGCUGUAUUUAAUGUUAAUCAGCAAUUGUUGGCAUGUAAAAACACACUAAGAUAUGUUGCUUGACAUGGUAAGCCUCAAACCUGCCUUGGCUUCAUUAUAUCAAUGUCACUGUGAAUAUCUUAGCAUAAGCAUUUGGCAGUUACCACUUGUGGGCCAGAGUCCCACUACACAGAGCCACUAGCACAGCUUUUAAUCUUUUUGUCACAUAUCAGAAGCCAUAAAGAAAACCUGGACGUUAGCCAUGGUAAUCCCGCUCUGGUUAUUUAGCUCAGGGUGGCAUCAUGUGCAAAUGCUAGCUUGUAAAUACACUAAAGCAUAACUGCUUAUAUGCUUAUCAUUAAAUCUGCUUGACAGUACUUGUAUCGUCCAUGUAAAUCUUUUAGCUUUAGGCUAGUUUGGGCUAAAUGCUAACUACAGCCAGGAAGUGCAUCACCCUAAGUCUUUUUGUCAUUAACUAAAGCUUAUGGGAAACAUUUAGCCACAGUAAACUGGCUGUUAGCAUUUAGCCCACAUAAGGAAGUGAUGUUGUACUAGCAUGUAGACAUGCCAACUUAGAAGGUUGACAUGGCAAGCAUCUUAACUACUAAACAACCUGUUGUUAACAUGUGCCAUUGUUGGGGUUUUAGCAUUUAGCCCAAAGCUCUACUGUGCCUACGUACAGACAGUACCUGCCUUAUAGUAAUUUUGAAGUUAGUUGACUGCUUUACAAAAAUCCUGAACUUUGGCUGCAGUUACCCGCUGUCACUUGUUUAGGGAUGUGUUGCCUUUAAUAGUGUGAAGUUGUAAAUCACAUAUUUUUACCAAAGUGCAUUCUUUCUAUUCAGCAACAUGUCUUCAGCCACGAUGCAUGUUGCAAAGCUGUUGCACAGGCUUCACUCUAAAUGGUCCUGUGCUCCCUUUAUGGAGUUUGGUGGUUGCCUGUGACACCUCACCAUCCAGUUUCUUCCACAUACCACUGUGUUUGAACGUGUGCCCGGGUAAUGACAUAGGGGAGAGAGAAAAUGCAGGUUAAGGGUUCAAGGGAAAAAUUUAAAAGCAGAUGUUGAGGUUAGUGAGCAUCGAUCUGGCCUCAGAAUGGUUGGAAAACCCCACCGGCAAAGCUUGCAUGAAACACUGUGUAGUUCUUAAGUCCCUGGAAAGAGUUGGUGCAGUUAUUACUGCUGGUACAGAGAAAGAGAGAGGGAGACCAGAAUGCUAACUGAAUCCAUGGACUUGUUUUCUUAUUUGGUUGCUUUGCUCUACAGUGUUUGAUAGAUGAGAGGUUAAUGUUGCACUUCUUCUUUGUUUAAUAAUCACUCGUUCUGGGCACACCUCCAGUGUGAAACCUGGUUGCCACAAGUGCUUUAAAAUCCAGCUAGCUGUUUGCCAUCACCAACCAAAUGUAUUGUAUGUGCAUGGAUAAAUAUAUGUAUAUGUUGAGUGGCCAGUACUCUGUAGGAUAACUAACCAAAGCAUGUACGGUGUAUUUAAGUUGUCCACUCAUGGUUUAGUGUUCCUCUGCAUGCUUUUUUUCGAUCAUUUUAUAUGUGCAGCUGGGAGGAGCUGGAACAUGUUUCCCGUGUUUUUUAUCAAAAAUGUUUUGUAACACUUUUCUUGUGAUUGGACAUUUUUACAUACACAAGCAAUAAUGUAUUUCUCCAAUAAACAAAUGCAAUGAUAAUCCUUCAUUAAAAGCA